UCAAAUUGUUGUACUUGAAUAAUACCGUUUCCAAAGUGCAAGAGAAAUCAAUCACUUCUCGUCUCUUUAGCAUCGUGGCUCUUCUCACAAUUAGGUCGACCUUAAACACCAUGACUGCAUCUCCAUCUUCUCUUGUUUCUACGGUCACCAUCCUUCUGUGUAGUCAAAAUCGCUCCAUCCACGAAAGACAAGCGAAAGUAGAUGUUGGGACCAUUGAUCCUGCAAAAAAAAAAACCUUUACACUGCAAGUAUGCCUUAAGCUGGUUUGA